AACGUACCUAAAAGCAAUGACUGAAUUCUAUGUUGGAAGCAACGCUGUUUUAAAAUAUUUUGAAACUCACAAUAGAAAAACAUGGAAUUAUGAACAUUUUUUAAAUGAAUUAAGAGAAAUAAUCAUUGAUUCACCACCUGAAGACUGGAGCGGUUUAGAUGGUACAUGGUAUAACAGGUAUAUUUAUUAUGCCAAGGAUAAUGAUAAUGAACGUCGGCAAAUGAAACCAUUUUUUCAAGAUAUUAUUCUUGAACGUGAAAAGAGAAAUGCCGCGAAAAAUUAUGUAAUAGAAGGUGUCAAAGUCCUUAAUGAAGCAAGGUUCUCCAGUUCAGAUAUAGUUAUUUCCACUACAAAUAAAUGGCAUUCCCAAAUCGAAAAAGUAAAUAAUGAACCACCACGAUCACCUGAGCACCAAAUAUAUCAACCAGAACAAAAUCAACGUCGAGCUGAAAAAAAAGUAAGUGAUCAUGAAUUAGCCUCCAAUUUAUCUGACGAUUACAACAAAGAUUAUACUGAUCCAUAUCCCCUCACUGAGAAACACCGACAGAUGAUCGAGCAGACAUUUAAUGGUAUGAAAAAGGAUAGAAUGUGGAGACUUUCAACAGGAAAAUAUGUCGAGGAAGAAUUAUUCGAAUUAGGAAAGAAGUUAAGAUUUGAGCAUGCCGUUCAUUCCUUUAUUUUGGAUGUCGAUGACGAGAUAAUUCGUCAGCAUUUCAACGAGGCAGAACUAGAUGAAAUUGAUUGCGCCCCUGGCCCACAGGUAUAUGAGCUCUCAGAAGAAAUCGCUGGAUUUCUAAACAAAUUCGCUGACAAGACGAGCUUGGCGGAGAUUCGAAAGUUCAUAAAGGAAAUGAUGUUUGACGAUAAAUAUGAUCAUGAAAAAGAUCAUGAUAAGGAUUACAUAAUCUAUGCUUUAUAUUCAUUUGUGAGAGAAAUUCAAAGUGGAAGCUUGAAAGACGCAAAUAUUGAAGCUUGGUUUAAUUGCCACGUGUGGAAUGUGAUCUUCGAUAAAGCUUUUGGAGAUAUAAAUGCGAUAUCCAUCGUCAGAGGGGAAUGUACAAGCCUGGCAUCGGCGUCACGAAAAAAUGGAGCUAGAAAAGUCGGGAAAAGUUGGGUGAAUGAAAAUGGAUCGAAGUUUCUCAAAGAGGCGGGAUUAAAGCUACCUAAGACACUCAAGGAUAAGUUAGUAAAAUUGAUGGAGAAGGCAGGUUGGGAUGAAGAAAGUCGCGCAAAAAUUCAAACGGUUGGAAUAAUUCACGCUGGUUUGAUGAUUAUGACGGUCUUCCUGGAUAACCCAAAAGGAUACAUCUGUAGGGUGCAACGUGGUGAACUAAUGGAAGUUCCGGAUAAUGCAGAAAAUUUUCCUUACAUCCUCACAAUUCUUGCAUCUGUUCUGAACAUAAAGGCUGUUAUUCAAGAGAUAAUAAAGACGGUUCGAGCAAAAAAACAAACAGUCGAAUCAUAUAAAAUGGCUGGGUUUCGAAAACGACCUCUAGACAAAAAUGAGGACCGAGUAUAUCCAUGUUUAUCAACUCCGAAGAAGGCUAAAAUGUGUGCAGAAGCAUAUACCGAGAAAUAG